UUGAUUCUCCGUUUAUUUCGGUACCUAUAUCAGAUUUUUAGUUUUGUGAAAUUAAAAAAAAAUGUCGCAAAACAGAAGUAAAGCACCAAAAUAGAUCAAGCAUAAACAUUACACAAGUACUGAAAAGAAAAUAUUUUUGGAAAUACUAAAGAAAUAUAAGGAUGUUAUAGAAAUUAAGAAAAGUGAUUUAACAACGUUAGAAGACAAAAAGAUGGCAUGGGCAGAAAUUGAAAAAGAAUUCAACCUUUCAUCUUUAGUCAUGCAAGAACAAACACAGAGAGAUGCACUAACAAAGGAGAUACAAUCUCGGUUUGUUACUGGAGGAGGUCCUGCAAUUCUACUGGCCAUGAUUGAUCCUGAUGUUGCUAUCAUAGCUCCUAAUUUGAUGAAAAAUGCCCCAAUUUUAUUUUCGUUUAAUAUGCCAGAAGAGGUUGUUCAUGACCGACGUCAACAGAUUCUAAAUAACGAGAAUAUUGAUAUAAUUGUGCAAGACUCACAAUUUGAAAUUGAUGAAUUGAUCACUGAUGAACUCCUUGAUGCCACAAUACCAUCAGAAGCUACAGUCGUAAACACAGAUUCUGAAGGCAUGUCACAUGCUGGUAGCAGCAACAUAAGCACAAUUCAUUCAAAAGAUAAAAAAGGGUACAAAGGACAAAGCCUACAACCGGACAUACAACCUGCAGGAACUUCAGUUUGCACAUAUAAGACGUAUUACGAAGCAGGAAGAGGGUUUGGCUGUAUUGUAUAAGCAAAACCAGAAGGUAUUGCAUAAUUUAGCAUACGAACAUGCUAAAACGAAAUAUGGG